UUCAGUGUCAUCCGUAGUUUGAAUACUUUAUUACAUGCUCAAUAAGCAAUCUCACAAGCACAUAUUUUGAAGUAGUUGUUUACAGUAAACUUGAUCAUACAUACUCAAAAGUAAUUGACUUUGUAGUGAAUACUAUGCGAGACACAUUAACUCAACUCACGUGGAAUAACUGUAUGAGGAGGCCAGAAAGAUUAACUGACAGACGUUCUUGGUUACUGUUACGAAAUCUAUAAUUCAGGUUAAAAAUAACGAAUGGAUUUAUUCAUUUUCUAAAGUUAUAUACUAAACUCACUGAAAGUUGCAUUUAAUAGCAUCGCAUUUGGUUCAAAAACUCAUCAGUGACAGCUUCGUCGAGAUGCUUGUUCAGAAUGAUAGUAUAAAGCGAAACAAAAGUAAAGAAGGUGAUCCCCAACCGCAACAGGCGUCUGUCGAGAAGCAACAGCAUCCAAAAAAGAAGUCUGCCAGGAGUUCCAAGCAUUUUCAUGCAUCCCGAGGUAGUGAUCGUCCUCGCCAAAAAUCACUGAAUACAAUGUUUUGUGGGUGUCUGGUUUCCGGAUCAGAAUGUGGUAAUACAAUAGAGCAUCGUCCACUUGAUAACAACCGACGACUUCUUCCUACCAGUGCUAUCCAGUCAAUGGAAUCUCUUAGCAUUUCAGAAAAUGCGGGUCCACAGUGUUUUCAGUCAUCUCAAGUAUCUAAUGACUCAGGUUUAAUUAAACUGCAACCAGUUGUUAACCUACCGUCUUGUGCUCUUAUAACAGAUGCUUUGCUUUCACAAACCAAACGGGCAAGUACAGUUAAAAUAAGUGCACCUUCUAAUGGCUUGAAGCGUUCAGGUUGGCACAGUUUUAGAUUUAGUCAUAAAAAAGAGUCAAAUUUGUCCAAGACAAAACAACGUGAUUCCACGAUAAGGACACCCGUUGCCAGACCCUUAAAAGGCGAUAUUUCCUACCCUGAAGAACAGAAAUCAGAAACAGUUCAGUCCCUUGUGUUCUCACCUUUACCAAAUCAAGCAGUACUGGAUACAGUAGAUUCUGGAGAGUUAACAAGUCGACUCUACUAAUUGAUAUUGAGUGAUUAUUGUUCACCAAUCUACUUAGCUUAUCAUCUAUCUUCACCAUAUGAAACAAACAAAGUUAGACGCGUCUAUUUCUAGUCAACUGUGAGUUACGACAAAAUAUUCUAUCCGGAGUUCAAGCAAUCCUGAAGUUGGAUGACGUUUCUCAAAUUUAAACCAGUGAUUCAGAUAUUAUUGUCUGAACACUGAAUAAUAAAAAUGUCCUUUUUCCUCCCAUUCCUUUUGUUUACACCUUGAUUCCUCAACUAGCGUUUCUGGCAUUGAAUGUUUUGUCAUUGUGAUUAACAUUUGGAAACUAGUUUUCUACUGUAUAGCCCUGUAAUCUUGAGUUUUUCGGUAUGCUUGUGUGAUGUCAACCCCCGAAUAGUUAAGGUUGUGGCUUUAUUAUUCAUUUCAUUGUAGUACAUCGUUGUUCGUCCUGUGACAAGUUAGAGAUGGGUCCUGCGGAGUACUUAUCAAACACCAUUUUCUUCUGAAUUAUCCAGUCACUAGUUAUAUUUCACACUAUAAGGUGAUUGAGUUUGGGAAACUAACCCGCCGUCCAACAUAAGGAGCUAACUCAAAUUACGAGUGUAUAAAAUGGAAUUCAGUUCACUAAGUUUCGUAUACUCGACAAGUAGUAGCAUCCCUAGAAAAAAAUGUUAGUGCUACUGGGCUCUGUUAACUGAUGCAGACAGACAGCUUGCAAAUAAGUGAUUGGAGCUCAGAAACUGGUCACUAAUGAGGUAGAAUCUGUUACUUAUAUGUAUCAACCUAAUUUGCUACUCUUCACACCAGUACAGCAUAACUUAUGUAUUGAGGAAAGCAGAAAAAUAAAACCAUAACUAGUCGUAGUGAAAAAAAUGAAGGUGAGGAGAAUGUCUUAAGUAAUAUAAUUUAGGGAUUGAAUGAAGAUAAAUUACUAAUGGCACGUUUAAGUUUACAAGAAAGAAAAUGUAUUCAUAGACAACAUUAGCGUUAUAUGCUAGACUAUACAUCCAUUCUGUGCACACAUUAAAACCAGGUUCUACAGCCUUUAUUUAUCUGGAUGUAAUAAUAAAAUAGCUCGUAUAUGAAUUAAUGUACAGUGAAAAUCACAUAUGUUAAACCUUUUAUGGAAAAACCAUUUAGUGUGGUGCAACAUAAUAAAUUUCUGUAUUUACUAUUAUAUAUCACAAAAAAUGUACCAACAGGUUCUACAUUUACACUCAAUAAUUUCCUGUUUUAUGGCGAUCUUAUUUCUUACCAUAAAUGUAAGUUUACUUAUUAUAACACUUGUGAAGUAAGCUAUUGCGCGUUAACAUUUGCAUUUUGUUAACUAAAUUACAUGUAAACCUAAUUCUGAAUCUUAAAACUUUCUUACUUUUGUUUUCCUUCAGCAAAAGGCUGCGUUGCUUGGACCGAAAAGUGAAACAGACAAAAACAAAAAGUGUUUUGUAAUUGACUUGGAUGAAACUUUGGUGCAUAGUUCAUUCAAAGUAAUAGAACAUGCUGAUUUUAAAGUAGGAGUUGAAAUAGAUGGAGUCACACACCGUGUGUAUGUUUUAAAGCGACCACAUGUUGACCUCUUCUUGUCGACCAUGGCCGAUCUGUAUGAAUGCGUACUGUUUACUGCUAGUUUAGCUAAGUAUGCUGAUCCAGUCGCAGACUUCAUUGAUAAAUGGCAUGCUUUCCGAUACCGGUUAUUUAGAGAAUCUUGUGUAUAUCAUCGAGGUAAUUAUGUAAAGGAUCUUAGUCACUUAGGCAGACCAAUCAACCAAGUUGUUAUUUUGGAUAAUUCACCAGCAUCCUAUAUGUUUCAUGCAAGUCAUGCAGUUCAGAUCUCAUCAUGGUUUGAUGAUACAAACGAUCGUGUUCUACUUGAUUUGAUUCCUUAUUUCGAAAAACUUGCAACACAACCUAAUGUGGUUGAUUUCUUAAAAAACAAUAUUCCUCCUACACCUUACGCCGCUAUCGGUACAAUUGGCCUACCUCUAGGACUUUUUACAAACACAACAUUCCCGGCUACUACUUCUACUGGCAGUGGUGGCGGUGGCAAAUCCCCUGAUGCCAGUUCAAUAAUCUCGAAUAUAAGACGUCCAAAUGUUUCUUCUCCAAUGCCUGUAUCCAUUGGAGAUAAUCACCUACAAGUUUCGAAAGAAUCAUCUACAACCUUGACUGUGUCAAUAUCUGUUGAAAAUAAAACACGGUACUUAACCAGUACGGAUGCUGUUGCUGUAGUUACUAAAUUAGAUACUACAGAAGCUAGUGGUCCUUCACUGAAUCCUAUGGCGAAAAAUAAUGAAAAGUCAAGUUUUCCAGCUCCUUUAUCCCUUACACCUUAUGUCCCUGUCACUUCAUCAUCUCCAAGUGUUUUAACAACAAAAACAAUAACUAACAAUCCUGUCCAAACAAUUGUAUCUGUUUCAAAUGCGUUCACCUCGGAUGAAAUUACACAACCUCAAACCUCUACAUCUCCAGGAAUUUCAUCGUCGCCCUCAACUAAUAAAUUGGCUCACAUUCCAUCUACAAAAUACUCAGUUCAGAGUUUAUCCGUGGGACAUAAAAGUCUACUAGGUACAUACCAAAAGAAACAAACUCCUUCAAAUAAGCUAUUUGGUACUGUUUCAAAUUGUUUCAAACCUACCCCUCAUAUCCAAUCAAUUGAAAAUCAUCAUUUAUCAUCACCAAAUAAAUUAAUUACACCUAUUCCAUUGCCAAAUAUCGCAUCUUCUACCUCUUCUAAUUCAUCAACAGUAAAUGUGACACAUUCAUCUACUAGUGAUUUUACUCCAAAAAUCAGUUAUUCUAUUAAGAAUCAAUAAUAUAAGUAUUAUUACCACUGUAAUUUGUUUUAUUCUUCGUUAAUCAUUGUGCCAAAAUAUGAAUAUCAAUGUUGUUAUUAACAUAGUACAUCAGAAUAACUCAAUUGAUAAUUUCAUAUUUUGAAAAUUAUUAUUUUCACUAUCAUCAGGCAAUUUAUUUAAAAAAAGAAGAUAUAGACAAGUAAAUUAACUAAUGUUGCCAACUACUUAUUCUUUCUGCUCAAUCAAAAAGAAAAAAAAAUGUAUGAAUAGUAUUUCUUCAAAUGUAUUUAGUUCUACCUAAGAAUAUUUUAAUUCCUUUACUGUUUAUAUAUAUAUAUAUAUAUAUA